AUGCUCUGCGACGACUGCAAGAAGAACUGCGCCACGGUGUUCCAGCCCAAGGCUGGCGGCCUUGCGUUGUGUGCUAGUUGCCGCGAGCGCCGCAAGGCAGAGGGCACCUCCGCUUCAGCUGCCACCGGCGCCCGCCGGCCCUCGGUUGCGGGCCCAGCCUCAGUUGAAGCGCUGCCACUGACCUCGAUUGCUGCACCCGUGGCAUUUGCCGCUAUCGCACCCACCGCCUUGGCUUCAGCCCCGUCGCCGACGUCGAUGUCCGCGUCAACGAAAUCGAUCGCACCCAUAGACUCGGUUGCAGUCGCGCCGCACCCGCCGGCGUCGAGCGCAAUUGAGAUGCUGCUGGCCGAGAUCUAUCGGCUCCGAACCGUCGAGUGCAUGCAGCACAAGCGAGUGUGCAACCAGCACAAGCAGGUACUGGCGCUGGGCAAAGCUGCUGCCCACCAGGGGCAAGCCAUCACUCUGCUGCAGCGCAACUUGACCGUGCAACAAGCCAUCGCUUUCCAAAUGCGAGAGGAAAAUGCGGUGAUGACAGCCGACCUCGUCGCCUCCAAAUCGGAGCUAGCUGCCGAAGUGCAAGGACGCGCAAAGCAAGUCGACGACAUGCAGCGCCGCCACGCACAGCUGCUGUCCAUGUACCGCGCUGCUGCCACAAACACGAUUAUGGAGCUGCAAGCGACCAUCUCUCGGCUGGAGUCGCACAUCCGCGCCAUCACCCACGCCUCGACGCUCACGCUCGCAUGGCACAUCGCUGACAGAUCCGUGCAAUUCCGCAACCCGUCGACCAAGGCGGACGAGACCAAGUUUAUCGCGAUCAUGGGCCCAUCGGGUGCUGGCAAGAGCUCGCUUCUCGACAUCAUUUCCGGUCGUGUCACCAGCUUCCACGGCUCGGUCACGGUGAACGGCCAGCCAUGGACGCCCGAGGUGACACGGCGCACGUGCUACGUCAUGCAAGACGACCUCUUCUACCACACGCUGACGAUCUUUCGCCGCUUCGACGCGCUCUACUUGCUCUCGCACGGCCAGCUCGUGUACGCAGGCCAAGCCGCUUCCGCGGUUGACUACUUUGGCUCGAUCGGCGUGCAGUGCCCCGCGUAUAUGAACCCGGCCGACUUUUUCAUGCAAGAAAUCGCUCGCGUCGACCAGUUGGCGCAUCUCGUCGCGUCGUGGCGGGCGGUUGCGAUGCCCUUUAGCUCGAACCUCGCGGAUAUGCCGGCGCUCGAUGCGCCACGCCGCCCAGCGCCGCGACGUCGCGCAGGACUGUACCAAUGGUCGGUCUUGUGUCGGCGCAAUCUUCGGCGCCUCGUGCGGGACACGGCUGCGUUUAAGGCUCGUCUCGCGCAGAGCAUCGUGCUCGCGCUUCUCUCGGGUCUUAUUUACCGCGAUUUGGGCCUCUCUCAAAGCAGCAUUCAGAGCUUUGCGGGCGCGCUCUUCUUUAUCACGCUCAACCAAGGCAUGCUCGCGGCCACGUCCGAGUUUGUGCAAAUUCCACUCGAGCUACCGCUUCUACGCCGCGAAGCCAGCGCCGGCUUGUACGCCCCUACGACGUGGUACGUGGCCAAGAACGUAAGCGAGCUCUGGACCCAAGUGGUCUUUCCACUGCUCUUUGUGGUCCCCGUCUUCUUUCUCGUUGGUUUCGGCUCGCACGUCGACGAUCCGACCUCGGUGUUGUGGACCAUGUACCUCUUUUUGUCGCUGGUCACGAGCGCGUGCGUCGGGUUAGGGUACGCGAUCUCGUGCGCGGUGCCCCGGCCCGACGUGGCGCCCAUGGUCGGCAUCGUCGCACUCAUGCCGCUCGUGCUCUUCGGCGGCCUCCUCGUGAACGCGAACGACACCCCGGGUGCGCUGCGCUGCGUCCAGCUCGGCACGGAGCUCAGCGACGAGCGGUGA